AUGGUGGUGCAUGCACUUGCUGCUUUGGGGCUGUCUCCUCCUGAUUUUAUUUCUGCUGUCUCCUUUCGUGUACCUCUAUGUCUUCGCGAGUUUAAGGGCAAAGAACUAGGGCUAUUAACUGUCUCCUUAGCGAAGCUGGGGUGUACAGACAGCUCUUUAGUAUAUUCAAUAGCAGAUGAGGCUUUAUACAGAGCAGCAACAGCAACAGCAGCAGCAGCAACAAGACACAGCAGCAGAAGCAGCAGCAAAUACUCCUUCUCGCUGCUCGAUCUGCAGCAAACUGCUUCAGGGCUGAUUAAAAUGGGGUGUACAGACACCCGAGUUUUUGCUGUGCUAAGGGAGGCAGCAAAAGCUCAAUUAAAGUGUCUCCUCUUGAAUAGCUCUUCUUCAAAAAAGAUAAAAGAAGAAGGAGACAGUGCCCACCCCACAGCCCAAACAAUUGCUUGUCUAGCGCAUGCAGUUGCUGCAGCAAAAGCAGGAGAUAAGUCAUUCUGUUUGCUGCUCGAGAGACAUGUGCUGCAGCAGCAGCAGCAGUUUUCAUCUCUAGGACUGUCUCUUAUCUCUAAAGCAGCUGUCUCCUUUUGUAUAAAAGGAGACAACUUCUGGAGAGCUAUACAACUACAAGCAGCAAAGAGGGCUUCACAUAUGCCUCUGGACUGUCUCUGCUCUAUAUUAAGUUUUGUCUCUGUGGGGUCUCCUGCUGCUGCUGUUGCAGAGGAGUUUGUCCGUGCUGCUGCUGCUCGUUUGCGUCUCGAUAUUCUGUCUCUUUCUCCUGUCUCCUUAGCUGCUGCUGUUGUCUCCUUCGAAAGACUGCAGUGGAGAGACACCCGACUGCUGCAGCAAAUCAGCAAACUGAUCCUGCUGAAGCACCCCACAGACCUCAGCACCAGGUGUCUCUGCAGCUCCUUUGCUGCUUUCGCAAAGUUAUCCUUUAGAAAAUCUCGGGUGUAUGCUCACCUUGGGAGAGAGAUAUAUGUGAGGCUUCAUCAGCUUAAACAAGAAGAUGCAGCAACAGUUCUUUACGCGCUGCUGCUGCUGCACAACCAGCAGCAGCAGCAAAAGCAGCAGCAGCAACAGCAGCAACAGCAGCAGCAGCAGCAGCAGCAAGAAUAUCUGCAACUGCGGCAGCAGCGGGGAGAGGAGGACCAGGAGACAGCAGAAAGUCUGCAAGACGAUCAGCAGCAGCAACAGCAGCUGGAGCAACAGCAACAGCAGCAGCAGCAGCAGCAGCAGGAGGACGAGGUGGAUAUAACAGAGCUUGAUGGUUUGCUGCUGGGUUUGUUAGAGGUGCUGCAGCGGGAGCAGCAGCAACUGACAGCAGCAAGUGUAUAUCGUUUGCAGCUGUUGGGUUUAUAUCUGCGUGCGUAUAGGAAGGAGUUUUAUGUGUCUCUUCCUGCUUCUUCUGUCUCCUUUUUGUCUCGUGUUGCUGCUGUCUCCUUAGCUGCUGCUGGGUGUCUCAGCAGCUCUUCGGUGCUGCAUCAAUCUGUCUCUCGCUGUCUCUCUGCUGCUGCUGUCCCUCAUCAAAGCGAAGCACAGGUUGGUCCCCUUGUAGUAGAUUUGCUGCUGUCUCCUUUUGUUUGUUUAGAGGUGCUGGGGCCUUCACAUUAUUAUAGAAACACAUUAAUGCUAACUGCAGCAACAGCUCUUAAGCGCUGUCUCCUUCGAGGCUUAGGAUACACCGCAGCAACUGUCUCCUACCUCGAAUGGAGACAGCUUCCUUCAAGGCAGCAUCAAAUCCUCUUCGUAAGCAGACUUGCACACCAGCUCAUCCAGCAGCAGCAGCAGCAGCAGCAGCAGCAGCAGCAGGAGCAGCAGCACCUGCUGCAGCAGCAGGAGCAGCAGCAAAAGCAGCAGGAAGAGGAGCAGCAGCAAAAGCAGCAGGAGCAGGGAGAAAAGGAGCAGCAACGGCGGUUAGAGCAGCAGGUGCAGUAG